UCUGUUUUGAGGCAGGAAAAAAAAAAAAAAAAAAACUUCGGACGGUAGCUUGUUAGCGUUUGGUUUUAUAAACGGAUAGAUACUACAAGAAAGAAUUGUGACCGUUAAUAAUAAUAAUAACAGUAAUAACUGGAAGCGUAUCCUGGCGUUAACGUUAGAAUAGUGGGAGAUGUAGCCGGUCAGUUUAUUCCGUGUACGUUAAGUCGCUCGGGGCACCGCUGCCGAGUGUCGCUUCCCGCAGCCUGGCUGGGACAGUAGCGGAGGGAUUAGCUUAUACAAGCGGGCUAGCCUGCUCGCUAGCUAUGCUGAGACACGCUCAGGUCGACUGGUAGCUAGCUGCUCUGUUAGCACAAACACUGGCUCCUCUGCGCUUCGCGUUACCACAAUAUCUGCACGGCGGUUAUUGCGUUUGUGCUCUCUGGAUAUUUACUCUCUAGCUGGAGUUUUUUUUUUUUUCUUCUUCUUCUUUUAAAUAGCGUGCUAGUUCUGUAAGGUGAAGCUAGCAGGCAUUCAGAGCAGCGCUAGCUACACCACCCUUAACACGUUUCUGGUUUCUUAGCCAGCAGGAUUGGAAAGCUGACGGUUUGAGGGAUAUGUCUUCAGCAGCCACUGCACCGCCAUCCGUAGACAAGAUGGACGGCUUCUCAAGGAAGUCAGUCCGGAAAUCUAAGCAGAAGCGAGCACAGAGCUCGUCUCAGUUCAGAUCUCAGGACAAACCCAUCGAACUAGUGCAGCUGCCACUACUGAAAGAUGUGUCUGUCCAAGAGCAGCCAGAGUUGUUUCUAAAGAAGGUGCAGCAGUGCUGCACUCUGUUUGACUUCAUGGACACACUGUCAGACCUCAAGAUGAAGGAGUACAAGCGCUCUACUUUGAAUGAGCUGGUGGACUAUGUCACAGUUAGCCGAGGUUACCUCACUGAACAGACCUAUCCAGAGGCUGUCAAAAUGGUGUCCUGUAACAUAUUCCGGACACUUCCUCCCAGUGACAGUAAUGAGUUUGACCCAGAGGAGGAUGAGCCUACGUUGGAAGCCUCAUGGCCCCACUUGCAGCUCGUCUACGAGUUCUUCAUUCGCUUCUUGGAGAGUCAGGAAUUUCAGCCCAGCAUUGCCAAAAAAUACAUUGACCAGAAAUUUGUACUACAGCUUCUGGAGCUGUUUGACAGUGAAGACCCUCGUGAGAGAGACUGCCUGAAGACUGUCCUACACAGAAUUUAUGGCAAGUUCCUCGGUCUCAGGGCCUUCAUCCGCAAACAGAUCAACAACAUUUUUCUAGGGUUUGUGUAUGAAACAGAGCACUUCAAUGGAGUGGCUGAGCUGUUGGAGAUCUUGGGAAGUAUCAUCAAUGGUUUUGCACUUCCUCUGAAAGCUGAACAUAAGCAGUUCCUGGUAAAAGUUUUACUGCCUCUGCACUCAGCAAGAAGUCUGUCCCUCUUCCAUGCACAGCUGGCCUACUGUAUUGUGCAAUUCCUAGAGAAAGAUCCCACGCUAACAGAACCUGUGAUAAGAGGGUUGUUAAAGUUUUGGCCGAAAACCUGCAGUCAGAAAGAGGUUAUGUUCCUCGGUGAGCUGGAGGAGAUCCUAGAUGUGAUUGAGCCCACACAGUUUGUCAAGGUGCAGGAGCCUCUGUUCAAACAGAUUUCCAGAUGUGUAUCCAGUCCUCACUUUCAGGUGGCUGAGCGAGCCCUGUAUUACUGGAACAAUGAGUACAUCAUGAGUCUGAUAGAGGAGAACUCCAGUGUCAUUCUGCCCAUCAUGUUUGCCAGUCUCUACCGGAUCUCCAAAGAGCACUGGAACCCAGCGAUAUCUGCUUUAAUCUACAAUGUGCUAAAAGCAUUCAUGGAGAUGAACAGCGCACUAUUUGAUGAACUUGCUGCAACUUAUAAAUCGGAACGUCAGAGGGAAAAGAAGAAAGAGAAGGAGCGGGAGGACUUGUGGCGGAAACUGGAAGAGCUGGAGCUGAGGCGAGGAAUUCAGAACAGCGACGGCAUCAUUCCCACCUAAACAUGGAUGUAGCUCCAUCCUUACAUCAAGCUCCAACCAAUGUUCUGCCACAGGGACGCCACAUCUCCAUGCUCCUUGUGCUACAUACUUUACUGUACACUCCUGCAUUUGUUUAUCCGUUUUUCCCCACCAGCACUGUAAAAACCCUUUCCGCUCUGUUUCCUUUGACAAUGAUCCUACACAAAAAAGAAAAGGACAAGAUGUGCUUACCUUGGGGGAAGACUUUAUAUACACUCCUUGCCAUUUAAAAUAAAGAUAAUCAACCACAUUAUGGGAUGUAUCUUGAAAACCAUUUGCCUGAGAACAGGAGUCCUUUUUUUUUUUUUUUUUUUUUUUUUUUUUUUUUUUU